AUCAAUGCCAGCUAUCCCCGGAUAUGGAACAUGCCCCAGACGUGGCAAUGUGAGCUUGAGGUUUAUAAAGCAACCUAUCAUUUCAUCUUUGCUCAGAAAAGCUUCUUUACAGAUUUGAUCCAAGACUGGUCCAGUGAUAGUGCACCUGAUAUUUUUUCAUUUGUUCCAUAUAUGUGGAACUUCAAAGUCAUGUUUCAUCAAUUUGAAAUGAUUUGGGCAGCAAAUCAACACAAUUGGAUUGACUGUUCCACCAAACAACAAGAGAAUGUUUAUCUGGCAGCUUGUGGAGAAACACUGAACAUUGUUUUUAGUCUGCCUUUCACUGAUUUUGUUCCAACCACAUGCAAUACUAGAUUCUCUUUAAGGGGAGAAGAUGUUGAUCUUCAUUUGUACCUACCAGAUUGUCAUCCUAGUAAAUACUCCCUCUUUAUGCUGGUGAAAGACUGUCAGCCUAAUAAAAUAAAUCCUGAGUCUUGUAUGUCCUCAGAGUGUCAAAGUGGUCAGAAAACAGGCAAACCCAAAUGGAGGAACAUUACUCAAGAAGAGGCUGGAUGGGUUGAAUGCUGGACAGUCCCCAGUGUGAUGUUUACAAUCGACUACUCAUGGCACCCAAUUUAUCCUCAGAAGGCAGAUGAGCAGCUGAAGCAAUCCU